CAUAUUCUGCCGCGAAAACUCUCGCGCGCGCUUGCUGUAGGUGCACGAAUACGUGAAGGUUUUAUGAGAAAAGAACACAGCACUGCAUCGGUUAACCUGGUUCGCUGUUUGUUCGUUACUGAUUAAAUUCUGUAAACAGCUGCUUAAUAAUGUUUUGCGAAAAAGCCGUUGAACUUGUAAGAGAACUUCACCGGAUGAGUGAUGGCCAGCUGCCUGCUUUUAACGAGGAUGGCAUUCGACAAGUGCUUGAAGAAAUGAAAGCUUUGUACGAGCAAAACCAAAGUGACGUUAAUGAAGCCAAGACUGAGGGCAAAGCUGAACUAAUACCAACUAUCAAGUUUCGUCACUGCUGCUUGCUGAGAAACCAGCGCUGUAUUUCAGCUUACCUGUAUGAUCGGCUCCUGCGAAUCCGUGCUCUGAGAUGGGAGUAUGGAAGUGUGUUGCCCACAACAAUUCGCUUUCAUAUGUGUGCAGAGGAGUUGGAGUGGUUUAACCAGUACAAGAAAUCCCUGGCUACAUAUAUGAGGUCACUUGGAGGUGAGGAGGGUUUGGACAUAACACAAGACAUGAAACCCCCUAAGAGCUUAUAUAUUGAGGUACGCUGCUUGAAAGAUCAUGGGGAGUUUGAAAUAGAUGAUGGAACGGUUAUUCUCUUGAAGAAGAAUAGCCAGCAUUUUCUUCCCCGCUGGAAGUGUGAGCAGCUGAUUCGCCAGGGAGUGCUGGAGCAUGUAAUUUCCUAACAUUUGAUGUACAGAUGCUUUUGAUAGUUAAUUUACUAUAAAUCAACAUGUCAGUUAAUU